AUGUCACAGCCGUACAGCGCCGUGGCAGACGCGACGGGCGAGGCGUACGUGGAUAUUCGAGUGUGCGACCUCCUCGUCCAGCAGGGCAACAUGCCAAAGGGGCUGAACAGCGACUUCCAGAUUGACGGGCUGUACGUGGUGCUUCGUUGCCAAGAGGAAGUGCGCCGUACCAGCUGUCUGUGGUCCUCUCCGCCUGAAGCAUCUGCAACGGAGCUGCAAAGCUCAACCAUGCAGCCUGGCGCUCCCGCAGGUGCGUACGAGGAGCAGAAUGAAGAUGAUCUAGUGUGGAACGAGAUGUUCCGCUUUGUUGUCCCCCCAGCGCUGCCACUCAGCUCUCUUGCCACCUCACCGCGUGGUCCGCACUCUCCGCCCUCUGCUGGCGGAGGAGGCCCUCAUGAAGGAUUCUGUGCCCCCUACACCUCUCCACUUCACCUAAGCGGCAGUGCCAGUGGCGCUGGUGGUGGACUGCGUGACAUACCCGGUGGCAUCGCACUGCCCAUGUCCACGGCAGCAUCCGGUGGAAUGAGGGGGGCUGGCAGUAGCAGUUUUCCUGUCUCCUACACACCACAGCCUUCCUCCCUUGCCAUCUCGACCCCUCCACUACACAGCACGGUCGCCCAACAGCAGCCCUCAGGGAGCGGCAAUGGCCCAAGAGCCACUGAGGCCGAGGAGAGCAACACUACUCUCUUCUACCCCGCCAUUGAGCUUGAACUGUGGCGUAGCGCUCCGCUCUCAGAGAAUCUGCUGGCCCGGUACACGUACCAUGUUCCAAUGGAGCUGAUGCAAGGCGGGUAUGCCCUCAGCAACCUCGAUGCAGUGGUGGAGCGAGUGGUUCUGCUGCGCACCAAGGAGGCGUCGAGCAUCAUGGGCAACCUCUACGGAUGGAGCGGGCAUCGGCUCAGCUUGCGGCUGCGGGUGCAAGCGGUGGGCCUGGCACCCCUGAUGGCAGCAUGGUCGCCCCAGCAAGGCAGCAAGGCAACGAUGACCGCGGCGAACGAGAUCGGCAGCGCCGCUUACCCGGUGACCUUCCCAACGGGCAUGCUGGGUAACACCGUGACCAGUGCGCCUCCGUACGCGGCAGCGGGCGUCUACGGUGCACCCCUGGGCACGCUGAAUCCGGUACUGGUAAAUCUCCUUGCCCCACUGGGUGUGCCCACUGGGGGAGGCGGUGCGGGACACCUGGCACCUACUAUGACGAUGCCUGGAGGCAUGGGUGGCGACAACCUGUACAACCCUGGCCAGCUGCCUUUAUACUCGAUGUUCCCUCCCGUACCGGAAGCCGCCGCUAACGUUGGGGGGAGAAUGUUUCACCCUCAUCUGCCCGGGAUGUUGCCAGCGACUCCACAGUCCUCUGGCCAAGGCAUUCUUGGCGAUGGCGUAUUGAUGUGGCCGUCAAGCACCACCCAGCCGACUGUGUACCCUCCGUAUCGGCUGCCAGGGUAA